UUAACUCUCCUCUUUCCUUAGCGCCAUCACCAUUCUACCGCCUCCGCCUUCUCCAUUAACCCCUUUCCUCCUUCAAAACCUCUCUCUCGCACACUCUCUCGCAUUCAUCCAGUCUUCUUCUAUUCUCUCUUCCUCGCCUACCACUACCAGUCAUGGCCAUCGAGACCCGCGACACCACUGUCAUGGAAAUCAAGCCCAAGAACAGGAGAAUCAUGGGUGCUGGAGGUCCUGAUGACGAGGACAACAGGUGGCCGCCAUGGUUGAAGCCUCUGCUCAAAGAAAGCUUCUUCGUUCAAUGCAAGGUUCACGCUGAUUCACACAAGAGCGAAUGCAAUAUGUAUUGCUUGGACUGUAUGAACGGCGCACUCUGCUCCCUCUGCCUCGCUCACCACAGAGACCACCGUGCUAUACAGAUAAGGAGGUCGUCUUACCACGAUGUGAUUAGGGUGAAUGAGAUUCAGAAGGUGCUCGACAUAUCCGGCGUGCAGACCUACAUUAUCAACAGCGCGAGGGUGGUGUUCCUGAACGAGAGGCCUCAGCCUAGGCCCGGUAAGGGCGUCACCAACACUUGCGAAGUCUGCGAGCGUAGCCUCCUCGAUUCCUAUCGAUUCUGUUCUCUGGGUUGCAAGAUUGUGGGGACAUCGAGGGAUUUCCAGAAGAGAAGGUCGGCGGCAUUGGCAUCGGAGUCGGAGGAUUCAUACAGCAGCAGCAGCAGCCACAGCCGGCUGAAGAACAGUAAAGUGCAGAGCUUCACGCCGUCAACACCACCGCCGACUUCAGUGAGUUACAGAACGGCCAAGAGAAGAAAGGGAAUACCUCACAGAGCCCCGAUGGGAGGACUAAUCAUAGAAUACUAGAUAGUAGUUAGCAUCAUAUCAUUAUUGUUUAUUUACCGUAAUGCCCCUUCGUCAUGCAUCACUGGGGACUGGUAUCAUCCUCUGGUCUUUUGGCUUGGCUUCUACUUUCUAGUGCUCUCUGUAUAUAUACAACAUCCAAAUAGGUUGAGAAGAUAAACAAAAAUAGACCAAUAAGCUAUCUGUGAAAUAGUUUGGUGAAGCAGUGAAAACUAAUAUAAGGUUGGGUCUCCAGAUCAAAAUGCACUCAACACUUGGGGUUGGAAUGUAAAUAGUAGAGGUUCAAUGUCUAUAUCUGGAAUGGUGAAAUAAGAAGUUUAUUAUCUUGAUGUCA